AUGUGGCCCGGUGUAGUAGUCGGGGGAACCCGGCUGGCGGCGGGCGGGGACACGGUGCGUGCGCUGCUUCGCCUCGCCGCCCGCCGGCCCCUGCCGCGGACGCCCGAUCCCCGCCCGGCCCUGCCGCGGAGUUUGCACGUGACAGCGGCCCGCACGCUCCCGCUCAUCCCCAUCGUGGUGGAGCAGACGGGUCGAGGCGAGCGAGCCUAUGACAUCUACUCGCGGCUGCUGCGGGAGCGCAUCGUGUGCGUCAUGGGGCCGAUCGAUGACAAUGUGGCCAGCCUGGUCAUCGCUCAGCUGCUGUUUCUGCAGUCGGAGAGCAACAAGAAACCCAUCCACAUGUACAUCAACAGUCCCGGUGGUGUGGUGACCUCGGGGCUGGCCAUCUACGACACGAUGCAGUACAUCCUGAACCCAAUUUGUACCUGGUGUGUGGGCCAGGCUGCCAGCAUGGGCUCCCUGCUGCUGGCCGCAGGCACCCCAGGCAUGCGGCACUCACUCCCCAACUCCCGCAUCAUGAUCCAUCAGCCCUCGGGAGGUGCUCGGGGACAAGCCACAGACAUUGCCAUCCAGGCAGAGGAAAUCAUGAAACUCAAGAAACAGCUAUACACCAUUUAUUCCAAACACACCAAGCAGAGUUUGCAAGUGAUUGAGGCAGCCAUGGAGCGCGACCGGUACAUGAGCCCCAUGGAGGCGCAGGAGUUUGGGAUCCUAGAUAAGGUCCUUGUACAUCCACCCCAGGAUGGAGAAGAUGAGCCAGAGCUGGUGCAGAAGGAACCGGACACACCGGCCACCACAGUAGCAGCGCCAGAGCCUGCCCCUGCCAGCUCCUAAGAGCCAGGCUGCAACCCCAGGACAUGGGAGAGGUCCAGCGCCACCCCCUUGCUGCUGAGCCUGGAGAAGCCCAGCCCAGAACCAUGAUGUGGGGACUCUUCUGAGACACUGUGAUUUGAAAUUAAAUCUUUCUAGCUUUUCCUUCCCUGUC